AUGCCUAUUCGACUCGGAGGCGUGGCCGAAGGUAUCGCUGAGUACCUCAUCUAUGCUUUCGUCGGCAUGACACUCGCAGUCGCAGCAUUACUAAUAUUGAUCAUCAUCACCACGUUCAGCAUCGUGGGAGUCUGGUCAGUCACACUAUGGAUAUCAUUCCGGACAGCCAUGUUCAUCAUCACCGAGAUCUUCUUGGCGUUGCGACACGGCAUCUGGGAUCCUCAGCUGUGGCCGCCCUCGAGUAAGAUCGAUAGGCGGGAGUACAGAAGAAGGCAAUCAAUACGUAACGAUAGCCUGGACACAGCUUCGCGACCGUAUGCAAAGCCUCGAAGCCGCCGUCAAUCACACGGCAGAAUGGACAGCGUUACAAGCACAUCAAUCGCCACACCUGCAAGUGGGACACUCAGCAGAAGCGGUACCAUCGCCAGCCUUGCUUCCGACCAGGAUCGCGACUUUGGAGACAUGGGUGGAUGGGCAGGACCGAAUGAGGAUAGCGAAGCACUAUACAUGGCGAGACACACCCCGGCCUUCUCAGGACCACUCUCGUCUUACACUCAGUCACCUACUCAGCAGACGCCCACACGGAGCCGAUCUGGGAGUCAAGAUGUCUCACCGAUGAUGUCCAGGAGUGCAUCUCGUGCACCAAUCACAUCUGAGUACUCCGGCUUCCAAAACGAAAUGCGACCACGCAGCAUGAGCAACAAUCAACCCUCACGGCAAGAGGUCCACACACCAUACGGCCCUCAAACACCAAGCCGUGAGGGCAUUUCCGAUUUCGGAAGUGGUAGCUCUACAUCGUUCAGUGCAGGUGGUAGCACCACUCCGACACUACAUGAAAGUAGCAGUCAGGUAUCUCUAAACGAUCGACAACCUCGAUCUAGAAGAUCGUCAGUCCACCGGAGAAGUGCAAAUCUCAGCCCCACCAGCUUGGGCAUUGUACCGGAAGGCAGACCAGUGGGAGAUGAAGGAACACCAGUCGGCAGUCCUCCCACUGACGAAGAUGGUUUGAAAGCUUUGAGAGAUAUCAUGAGAUCUGAAACUGUACGCUAA